AUGGGAGUUCCGCUUGGGGGCCGUGGACCCCAGAUGAUCGGGGUCUACACGUUGUUUGUCGCGCUGACGACGAUUGCGAUUGUUCUGCGGGUGUAUACUCGAGUGCUGAUAGUCAAGACAUUUGGCAUUGAUGACUACCUUGCGGUUGCUGCUUGGGCCGUCUUCUGCGUCUUCGCUUCUUUCGCGCUGACUGGCGUCCGCCAUGGCACCGGUCAACAUGCUGAGGAUAUACUGCCGCCAUCAGAAUUGCCCAUCGGCCUCAAGUUCUGGUGGCUCUGCGAGCCAGUCUACGUGCUUUGCAACAUGCUCGCAAAAGCCUCCAUUGCGGUCAUGCUACUCCGCCUAACCGUCAUCCGUACGCACCGCAUCAUCAUCUGGACCGUCUUCACCAUCACCGAGACCUACAGCCUGUUCUUCUUCCUCCUCUUCAUCUUCCAGUGCCAGCCCUCUCAGUACUUUUGGACGCAAUACACCGGCGGAUCUGGCAAAUGCCUCGACCCCAAGAUUGUUCGCCAUCGCUGCGCAGGCGACUGGACAUAUGCGAUACUGCCAUACUUCCUGGUCUGGAAGUUGCAGAUGGAUACCCGGUCGAAGAUGGUAGUGAUCUUCAUCUUAUCGUUGGGCGCGAUUGCAUCGACGGCGACCAUUAUUCGAUUUCCGUAUCUGCACUUAAUGGCCGACAUCGAUGACUUCCUGUACGCAACUACCGACGUCGCUCUCUGGUCAUGUGCCGAGACUGGUCUCGGCAUCACAACAGCCUGUCUCGCUACACUGAGGCCGCUGUUGCGCACUUGGCUCGAAAAGACUGGCAUCGCUUCGACAGGACACCGCCGGAAAGGGGCCAGCAACUUACCUGGGAAACCAGACAUGCCCCCCUCUCGUCGUGGUCACGCUCGUGUCGCCUCCGCAGGACUAGAAGAGUUUGACCUCGGCAUCAGGAAGACCACCAGAGUGAGCGUGGACGAGUUCGGGAAAUGGGACAACAUGGCCCGCGACGUCGAUACCACGGAUGGAGACAGCACAUCGAGCGAGUCGAGCAAGGCACGGAUCAAUGCGACUGUCACUGCGGCACCACGAGAUAUGAACAACCACGCCACGCCUUGGAAUUCGACGGAAGCGAGGGACUUCACCGCCAGGGCCCGAGAUACGGGUGUCGUCGGUAGCGCUUGGGCGGAGGGCAGGGUCCGGCGGUGA